AUGACUUCACAGCAAGAUUUGACCAAAAAAGGUCACCCUCCCCCUGCAAAACCCACAUCAUCCUCAGCACCACCUCAAGCAGGGUUCCCAGUGGAUACACAGCGGAAUCGAUUCACAAUCCCGUACAGCACCAACCUUUACCUACGAGAUGGACUUAUCAAGGUUCAUCACUACAUUAUAGCUAGAGGAUUAUUCUGGCUUCGUGCUAACGAUAGGAAUGGAGCCAUCUCGUCCAGUGAUGGGAUUCUGAUGCCCGAUUAUGAUCUAUUUGUCGAGGAUCUGCGCUCCCAGGCUGGCUACAGUCAUGAAAAUUCAUACGCUUAUGUGGGACCCUCGAAGCUGCAUUGGGGCAUUAGAAUCUUGGCUCACCCUAUCUGGCCCUUCUCCAGUCAAGCCUUCCGCCGAUCUCACGCUAUAUUCAUCGAUACUGAACUUACAAUGGCAUCCGACGACCCACUUCGUGAUUCCCCACCGUCCAUCUUUAGGCCCAGAGUCCGCGACGGCAUGAUCGUCGUGCGCCGACCUCCGAACAGAAACGACACCGCUAUCUUCUGGGCUGGCACCUAUUUCGUUCUCAAUGAAGCCAACGAGGCCGUCGCCAUGGACUACCCUGCAUUUCUUGCCGACCUAGAAGCCCUCCUCCGGUACGACCCAGAACUAGACGAGAUCCUAUUCCAUAUGCCCUCCUCAUACCGAGGCAUUGCAUUGGACCCUGCCUUGCCUGAGAUAAACAGUAUCCAAGACCUACAGCCUGAUGUAGGCAUUGUUCGCACCUACAACCAGUGGCUCGCAGCCUUGGCGGCGAUGCAAAGUUCUCAUCUAAUGCAGGAAUCGAGCAUUGAAUCCGUGCUUCGGAAUGGGCUUGUGACUAGCUCUGUUCGCCACAGUGUUCCACCUGUGGCUGCGGCACAGUUUUUUAUUGUGCGAAUUGCAGACGUGGAGGAUCUGAACCAGGAGGGAGAGAACAACAGUGGUCAAGAUUAA